UCAAACGACAUUUGAUACAACUCCACAACAGAGCAAUCUUUGCACGAUCUUAAUUUUCCAGUCGCGCGGGGUUGUGUAGAAUUCAGGUCUUGUGCCCGGUGUGUAGUGCUAUUAGCAUUUUGCACUGAAAAGGACCUUUGAAGGUGGCCUACAAGGAUGGCCCGUUCCCGAGCGAUUGUGCUAUUUUCUUCCCUGCUUUUCUUGGUAUUUCGCGUCCAAGCACAGCAAUUUACUUGUCCAGAAUCUGAAGAACCUGCAGAAUGUCCACCCGAGGAAGAAGAAGAGGACCCCCUCUGUCAAGGAGAAGGAGCUAUGGGAAGUGACUCUGGAUGCCCACCAAACAUGAUGUGUUGUAAUGUUGGCUGUAAUUUUUUGGAUUGCGUGGAACCUGAGAAACAACAAGUAGCAUCACAGAAAAUUGGACUACCAGGAGAUCCUGGAGAGAAAGGAGACAGGGGUGAUCAAGGAAUUGCAGGACUUGCUGGACCUCGUGGAAACCGUGGAGAACCAGGUGCGCCAGGUGCUGAUGGACCAAAAGGAGAACCUGGUGUGACUGGACCACGUGGGCCGCCAGGUCCUCCUGGGCCUAUAGUUGAUGUUUCUCCUACGGGAGGUCCUGGACCAGAUGCAGGUCCUAUUGGACAUGUCAUCCUGUCUAGUGAUUCAAAGGGCCCUGGAGCUACUAGGAUCCAGGAAAUCAGAGGAGACAAGGGUGCCCGCGGUGCUAUUGGAGAGGCAGGAAAUCCAGGACCUAGAGGACCUGAUGGUGCACAAGGAGAACCAGGAGCAACAGGUGCCAUUGGUUCUCCUGGAACAGCGGGAAGCCAAGGAUCUAAUGGAUCUCCUGGUGAACCUGGACAAGAUGGCAGUGAUGGUCAACCAGGACCACCAGGACAGUUAGGGGACAUAGGGGACCCUGGAACAUCUGUAAGACCCUUAUUCUGA